AUGAAAAGGGAUUUGACAGUUAUUAUUAGUAUUUUGUACAGGUAUUUAGAGAAACGUGCGUUCGAAGAACCCAGAGACCCAGACGAGCAGAAAAGUCAGAUGCUCGCGAUUACAGAAGCGGAACAUUACAGAUGUAUACAUCCAUCUGAUUUGGAGAGGAUAGAUUACUAUUUGACUACUUCCCUAACCGGUAACAAAAUCCCUGACUUUCCCGAAAACCUGUACUUGCGAGCGAAGAAGACUGUCGACAAGGAAACGGCCGCAAUCAAGAAACGACUCUUGUCGGUUACUUAUAACAAUUGCGUCAGGCAGACAAAGGAGGAAAUCAAAGACUGGUUCGUUACGGCUAUGAAAAGAUGCAUCCUCUCGUAUAUUCUUGAAGACCCAAACGAGCGCGUGCGGCUUAAAAUUGCGUUCCUACCGACGUUAUGGCCGGCGCACUUCGUCCGAGCACCCAUGCCGUGGCAUAACAACAUAAUACAGGCCAAACAGUAUAUGUCUUACCGCUACUAUGAGGGCAACCCUGUGCUCAUUGAGUUGAGGAGGAUGUGGCAAGAGAGAUACAACGACAUGCUAAUUUGUGACAUGAACAAAAUGCAAGAAGAGGUCCCGUUCCCGCAAUAUCCGAGCGAAUUCACCGAACGUCUUACGAAACUGUGCAAUGAGACAAGAGCUGAACUUAUAGAAAACUGGCUCAUCGAUGUUGCUGAUACCAUGAUCAAGAUGCGGCAUCACUGGUCACCUUACGUGUCCAAGAAGAAGUUCGAGAGUCAGUUUCGAGUGGAAAUGUUUUUUAAAUCCAUUCGUGGUUUGAUGUCCAAGCAGCUACGGGAAUUGGUUGAGAGAAGCGUUGCUCAUUUUGCUGGGUAUUUUGCGAAGUACUGGGAAGGCAACAACUACGGUACAGAAUACCACGACUAUAGGUUUAUAAAUAAUCCACUCCUACGGAUUAAGGUCGUUGCACAUGCGGGAAGCACGAAUCUAACUUUUGAACCGACUCUGGACCAAACGCGCGUGCUCAUUAUGAAAUGGUUCCAUACGAUUAUAAAUGUCAACGCACAUUUGCCGACUGUGGAUAAAAUGAUGUAUCCCGAUGAAAAAAUUUUUACCGUAGAAGAGAGCUACAACAAACAAAAUGAUAAGGUAUACGCACACAGUAGUGAAGAAGCGAGCAACCGUAUUCCGCGUGUCCAACGAGGUCAUUUUCCAUCCUCGCUCAUGGUAUGGUUGGGAGUUUCUUAUUGGGGCUUAACAGAGGUACAUUUUUGUGAGAAAGGUGUAAGAACGAAUGCAGUUGUGUAUCAAAAUACAGUCCUGACGAACCUUGUGGAACCUGUUUCUCAUACCAUGUUCAAUAACAGGCACUGGGUAUUCCAACAAGAUUCGGCGCCAGCUCAUAGAGCGAAGAGCACACAAGACUGGCUGGCGGCGCGUGAAAUCGACUUCAUCCGGCACGAAGACUGGCCCUCCUCCAGUCCAGAUUUGAAUCCGUUAGAUUACAAGAUAUGGCAAUACUUGGAGGAAAGGCGUGCUCAAAGCCUCAUCCCAAUUUGGAAUGCGAACCGGCGCCCAUAUCUGCUAUCCGUAUACCCCGACGAACCGUACAUGCAAGACGCAAUAAACACGAGCGUACGUCACUUCAAUGCCAACAGACCCGGACCUAUUGCUUUCCUAAAUCGAUAUGAAACGUUCUAUUACAUACUCGAUGGCACCGCCAAGACGAAAUUGUUGCAGUUCUUUGGACAGGAACCGCCUCCAUAUCUUAAGGACUUUUCAGCCCGCAUAGUAAUGUACGAGCGCCUCCGCGACGAAAUUCUCUUUCUCCGCCGAGAUAUACCGCUGAAUAUGAUCUUGCUCGACUGUGGUCCGGUCAACGACUGCCUGUGGGAGAUCGUCAACGGGCUACGGCAGUACAUCGUUGAUCAUUUCAUAAAGGUUAACCGAACGUGGAAUAGAAGCAUCUGCAAUAUUUACGAAGAAAUGGCAGCGCGUGCCGGCGAAAGCCCAGAAACAACUCAGCAACUUGUGGAGCUGAUCAACUACAUCCAGGACUGUCGCGACUGCGCCAUGUUCGACCUCCGGGAGAAAGCCAGAACUACUGUAGAAUAUGUCAUGUUUCUUAUGAAUCAUGCACAUUUACAAUUCGAAGACAUAAACCUGAACACAAGAGUAUUCCUCUGGCCGUCGGAUAUGGAAGACACCAUCGAUAUAACUCUCAAGACCCUCAGUACAAAGAAAACCAUGGCGGAAGACAAGCUUCGCAACACCAAAACAAUCUUCGAAGAGAAGUUGAAGGCACAUGAGAAAGAAUUAGAAUUGUUCCGGAGGUUUGAUCCGCCUUUGUUGAAUUUGGAUCUGCUAAAAGAGACGGUUGCAAAAGUGGAUGAGAUUCAAAAGAAUUUGACGGAUGACAAAUACGAGGCUGAGUUCAUAAUAAACGAGGAACAACUGCUCGAUCAAGAAGUGUCAGCGUAUUUCGGACUCAGCGUCAUGCUCGCUGGCAUCGAGCCUUUUUACAAACUCGCCCACAAGAUCGUGCAAGCUUACAAACUAUGCUCCGAACAGCUGUCCUCACAGAAUCACUACGACUACGGCAUGCGAGCCGUCAAGUCUGUGCUGCUGGCGUCUGGAGCUCUCAAGAAGAACUAUCCUGAAAAAGAUGAAGCGCAAUUGGUGUUGAGGGCCAUUAUUGACGUCAAUAUGCCAAAGUUCUUGUCACAGGACGUUCCCUUAUUUAUGGGUAUCUAUUCGGAUCUUUUCCCCGGCGUAGAGAUCCCUAUUCCGGAUCGAGACGAACUCCUCAAGUGUAUCAAGAAAGAUCUCGACAAGCGCAAUCUUCAGAAGACGGAGUGGUAUCUUGAGAAAAUUAUUCAGGUCUACGAAAUGAUGCUCGUCCGGCACGGGUUCAUGAUAGUGGGCCCGCCGAUGGGGGGCAAGACGCAGGCCUACCAAUGUCUAGCGGACUCCCUCCGUGCACUACAGCUGAUGAAACCUCCGCCAAGGCAUAAGGAGUUCGGAGCCAUUUAUCGGAUAAUCAACCCGAAGGCGAUUACCAUGGGACAGCUUUAUGGAUGCUUUGAUCCGGCAUCUCACGAAUGGUACGACGGCGUACUCGCUAUAGCGUUCCGAGAAUAUGCGAUGUCGAUUACGCGCGACCGCAAAUGGAUCCUGUUCGACGGGCCCGUCGACGCCGUUUGGAUCGAAAACAUGAACACUGUGCUCGACGAUAACAAGAAACUGUGUCUUAUGAGUGGAGAGAUUAUUCAGAUGACGAAUAAAAUGAACCUGAUCUUUGAACCUGCGGAUUUGGAGUUUGCGUCUCCCGCGACGGUGUCCCGUUGCGGAAUGAUAUACAUGGAGCCUGAACAACUUGGAUGGCGCGCAUUUUUAUCCUCCUACAACGUCUUCCUUAGCAAGAAGCUGAUCCCUGAACAGUACGAACUGAUCCAGGAGCUGAUCGAAUGGCUCGUCCCCGCUAUGUUCGAGUUCAUGUUGAUCAAGUGCCACCACUUUGUUGUCGUUGGAGAAAUUCACCAAUUCUUUUCAUUCUCUCGCCUGUUCACGUGUCUACUUGAAAGCGAAGCACAGUUCAGUACGAUUUGGCUGCAAAACACUUUUGUCUUCUGCUUGCUGUGGGGCCUUUGUGCAACGGUUAAUGGGGACAGUCGUAAAAACUUCGAUGUAUUCUUUCGCAAGCUUUUGGACGGCGCUAACGCUCAAUAUCCGAAGCCAAAGUCCUUUAAAUUGACCAAGAAUCAACUUUUCCAAGACAAAGAUACCGUCUUCGAUUAUGUAUAUGACAAGCGCAACGGUGGAACUUGGAUAUCUUGGCAGGAGUUGGAAAAGGAAGUUGUUUUGACGGCAAACGUUAAGGUGAACGAAAUUAUAGUCCUCACCAACGAAAACGCGUGCCUCCGGUACUUCGUGUCCAAGAUGGUUCGCUCAAAGAUCCCCAUUCUGAUCGUGGGACCAACCGGCACGGGCAAGUCCUCGUUGGUGUUAAACUUCUUGCUCAGUCUACCGAAGGAGAAAUAUAUAACCAAUACUAUUAACUUCUCUGCUAGAACUACUGCUAAUCAGACACAAGAUAUUAUCAUGUCAAAAGUGGACAGACGACGUAAAGGCGUAUUUGGACCGUCCAUGGGGAAAAAGUGUCGAGCGGUGGUAGCCCUGUGGGAACAGCAAUCGUUCUGCUUCUCAAUUAAAAGAUCGACGGUGCGAAUCCUGUGGCGUCUUGUACUUAUGACUAUAAUUUCUGUGCUAGCGGUGGAGUGCGUGCUAUUCGUGGACGACUUAAGUAUGCCUCAGAAGGAGACAUACGGAGCACAGCCUCCCCUGGAGCUCUUGCGGCAAUGGAUCGACCACGGCCAUUGGUACGACCUCAAGGAGAUGGUCCGGCAGGAAGUUGUCGAUGUGCUCUUUGUAUCAGCGAUGCUCCCUCCCGGCGGAGGGUCAAACCUGAUUUCGUCGCGCCUCACACGCCACACGCUACUCAUAGGCCUGGACUCCUUCGAAGAUAACACGCUUAACAAAAUCUUUUGCACGAUUAUGGACUGGCAUUUCUCUAAAGGAUUCACUGACACUUUAGCCAGGAUGUCCAAAAACGUAGUAGCAGCCACUAUGGAAGUGUACAAAAACGUAACGAACCAGUUCCUACCAACGCCAAGCAAGUGUCACUAUCUGUUCAACCUGAGAGACUUCUCUCGAGUCAUCAAAGGCGUGCUUCUGGUUCCAUCCAGUCGUAUGAAAGAACUUAGCAAACUUGUGAUACUCUGGGUACACGAGACUUAUCGAGUGUUCUACGAUCGGUUGACUGACGAACCGGAUAGGAUAAAACUCUUCGACUUAGUAUACAAGGCUGUGUACGCGAACUACCGCGUGCACUUUGACCACGUGAUGACUGAGCUGGGCUAUGUGCCCGAGGGCGAAAAACUGGCCAACAAACACGCCUGUAACAUCUUCUUCGGCAACUAUAUGGAGCCUGAUGCUGACCCCAAGAUAUACGACCAAGUAACCGAUCUCGACGACAUGGGUGUGAAGAUGGAGUACUACCUGGAUGAGUACAACGUGGUUUCAAAUUCGCCCAUGUCGCUGGUUAUGUUCCGAUACGCUCUUGAUCAUAUUUCGCGCUCUACACGCGUGUUACUACAGGAUAACGGUAAUUUGCUGUUAGUCGGAGUCGGCGGCAGUGGACGAAGCAGUGCGGUCAAACUCGCUGCUAGUAUUCUAGAAAUGAACGUCAUACAGAUAGAGAUAUCGCGAGUAUACGGCCAGAAUGAAUGGCGAGAUGAUAUUCGUAAGCUCUUGAUGAAAGCUGGUAUCAUCGGGAAGCCCAUCGUCUUCCUUUUCGCAGAUAACCAGAUUCAAUACGAAGGCAUGGUGGAAGACAUCAACAUGCUACUGAACACGGGUGACAUCCCAAACCUGUAUGGAAUGGACGAGAAAGUUGAAAUCCUCGAUAAGAUGCAGAAUGCUGUUCGUGAAGCUGGCAGAAAGAUAGAGACAACUCCUCUAGCAAUGUUCGGAUUCUACGUAGAGCGAGUGAAAGCUAAUCUCCGUAUCGUAUUGGCCAUGUCACCUAUCGGGGAUUCCUUCAGGAAUAGGCUCAGGAUGUUUCCGUCGCUCAUUAAUUGCUGUACUAUCGAUUGGUUCACGGCGUGGCCGACAGAGGCGCUGGAGCGUGUGGCAAACAUGUUCAUAUCGAAGAUGCAGAACGUUGACAUAGACCUGUGCAUGGCGUGUACAGAAGUCUGCAAGACAUUCCACACCAGCGUCGUCAGUCUUAGCGAUAAGUUUUACGCUGAUCAAAAGAGAAAAGUGUACGUGACCCCAACGAGCUACCUGGAGCUGAUCAAAGCUUUUCAGUCACUGUACGCCAUGAAGGUCAACCAGAUUACAAAUAUGAGAAAUCGGUACGAGACUGGUCUGGAGCAGCUGGACUUUGCAGCAGGCCAAGUCGCCGUGAUGCAGCAGCAGCUGAUUGAUUUGCAGCCACUGCUAGUGGAGACCUCGGACAAGACUGAGAAGCUAAUGAUCAAAAUAGAACAAGAUACUGUUGUCGUCGAGAAACAGAAAGAGAUUGUAGGUGCAGACGAAGCACUGGCAAACGAAGCAGCUGCCGCUGCUCAAGCCAUCAAAGACGACUGCGAAUCAGAUUUGGCAGAGGCUGUCCCUGCCCUGGAAGCGGCUCUGGAUGCCUUGAACACCUUGAAACCUGCUGAUAUCACUCUCGUGAAGAGUAUGAAAAACCCUCCGUCUGGAGUCAAGCUGGUGAUGGAAGCAGUAUGCGUCAUGAAGGGCAUUAAGGGUGAUAGGAAGAUGGAUGCCAACGGCAAACCGUUUGAGGACUUCUGGGGUCCGUCACAGAAGAUGCUCGGCGACAUGAAGUUCCUUGAGAGCCUCAAGAACUAUGACAAGGAUAAUAUUCCGCCUGCGACUAUGAAGAAGAUACGCGACAAAUAUAUUCCUGACCGCGACUUUGAUCCGGUGGUGAUAGCAAAGAUAUCGUCUGCCUGUGAAGGUCUUUGUAAGUGGGUGCGAGCCAUGGACGUCUACGAUAGAGUCAUUAGGAUUACCAUAUUUACGGAGGGUUGCACAGAGUUCAUCCUGUUCUCAAAAGUCUAG